AUGGCUCCCACCGAGUCAAAGAAGCGCCUGGCGCUCGCCAUCAUCGACUUCCUCGGCGCCAGCCUGAAGGACGGCACCCUGACCGCCGACGACGCCGAGUCGAUCGAAGUCGCCCAGUCCUGCAUCGCCGACACCUUCAAGGUCGACCCGUCCGAUGAGGCCGCUGUCAAGGAUGCCCUGGGCGGCCAGUCGCUGGCCAGCAUCUACAGCGUCUACGAGAAGCUGCGCCAGAAGCCGUCCGGCGAGCCCUCCUCCUCCAGCGGUGCCGCCGCCGCCGCCACCCAGCCCGCCCCCAGCGAGACCGCCCAGCAGCCCAAGGCCGGGACGCCCACCGCCGAGUCCGACAAGCUGAAAUCCGAGGGCAACGCCGCCAUGGCCCGCAAGGAGUACACCGUCGCGAUCGAGCGCUACACGCAGGCGCUGGCCAUCGCGCCCGCCAACCCGAUCUACCUGUCCAACCGGGCGGCCGCCUACUCCGCCUCCGGACAGCACGAAAAGGCCGCCGAGGACGCCGAGCUGGCCACCGCCGUCGACCCCAAGUACUCCAAGGCGUGGAGCCGGCUGGGCCUGGCGCGCUUCGACAUGGCCGACUACCACGGCGCCAAGGAGGCGUACGAGAAGGGCAUCGAGGCCGAGGGCAACGGCGGCAGCGAUGCCAUGAAGCGUGGGCUGGAGACCACUAAGCGCAAGAUCGCCGAGGCCAGCCGCGGCGCUGAGCCCCCCGCAGAUGCGGUCGAUGAUGCCGCCGGUGCAUCUCGUGGCGCUGGCGGUAUGCCUGAUCUGUCGUCGCUGGCGAGCAUGCUGGGCGGUGUGGUGGUGCUGGCGGUGGCGCCGGCGGCAUGCCCUGACCUCUCGUCGAUUAUGAACAACCCGAUGUUCGCUAGCAUGGCCCAGAACCUGAUGAGCAACCCGGACAUGCUCAACAACCUCAUGAGCAACCCGCAGCUGCGCUCGAUGGCUGAGAACUUUGGCCGCGGUGGCGGUAUGCCCGACAUGUCUAGUUUGAUGAGCGAUCCGUCUAUCGCGGAGAUGGCCCGUAACAUGAUGGGUGGUGCUGGGCGUGGAGGACAGUAA